UCUUUGUGAGUGUGUGUGUGUGUGUGUGUUCGAGUCAGAGAUUCAGCAGCAUCAGACAGAGAUGAACAGAGAGAAGUGGAGGACUGCACAACAACUACACACUCCGUCCGACACUGGUGUCCUGGCGUGUGGAUCAGAAAUGGAUCUCGGAGCCAUGAAGAAGAUCAGCUCCAUGUUCUCGACGCUUCAGGAGAAACUGCACAGAUCCAAGCGCAGCGCCUCCGACCCCUCCGCACCGCCGGCCCCGAGGCCUGAGCCGGCUCCGGACCGCAGUCACACGGGUCAGCUGUUCUUCGAGUACCUGCUGGUGGUCAGUCUGAGGAAGAGGAAGAGCGAGGAAGCUUACGAGCCUCACAUCACGUACCAGUUCCCCAAGCGUGAGGUGAUGGGGCGACGGCAGCGAGAGGAAGAGGAGAAGUGCAUGAAGGCCGCUCAUCUCUUCUGCUUCCCUGAGGGAAUCAACUGGGCACCUCUGACUGAGUACAGCAGCGAGACGUUCUCGUUCGUCUUGACGGAAGUCGACGGCAGCCGCAGGAACGGAUACUGCAGGAGGCUCCUGCCGGGCGGCAGCGGCGCUCGUGUUCCCGAAGCGUACUGCAUCAUCAGCCGCGUGGCCUGUUUCGGACUCUUUUCGAAGAUCUUCGACGAGGUGGAGAAGCGGAGGCUGAUCUCCAAAGCCAUGAUCUACCCGUUCAUGCAGAGCCUGCGGGAGGCGCCACUGCCAGCGCCGGGACACACCGUCCGGAUCAGCAGCUUCAUCCCGGAGGCGGGAACAGAGGUCAUCAGUCUGACGCGGCCCGCCGACUCCUGGCUGGAGCACGUGGACUUCCGGUCGCUCUUCCGCUUCCUGACGGACGAGGAGCUGCUGAUGGUGUUCAGCGCCGCCGUGAUGGAGCGACGCAUCAUCUUCCUCUCGGAGGAGCUCAGCACUCUCUCGCAGGUUCUCCACGCUGUAGCUGCUCUCCUGUAUCCGUUCGUGUGGCAGCACACCUUCAUCUCCAUCGUUCCCACGGUUCUGAUCGACGUGUGCGCGGCGCCGACGCCGUUCCUGCUGGGGGUCCAGAAGAACAUGCUGGAUCUGCUGACGGACCACAGCGACUUGAUGAUCGUUGAUCUGUCGGCUGGGGCACAAACUAGAUUCAUCUCAAGAAUUGGCGACGAGGAGUCGCUCCUGCCCGCUAAACUGAGGGCGGGGCUUCUGACGAGUCUGUCCGCGCGCACACCCCACGCCACCACAGACGAGCUGAACCGGCUGGUGUCCGAGGCCUUCCUGACCGUCUUCAUCAAGACCGUGGGCCACUUCUCCGAACACAUCAAGAGCCGCCGGUUCCAGAAGAAGAGCUUCCUGAAGGCCGUGGAUCAUCGAGCGCACCUGAGCUUCGUCAAACCCUUCAUCCAGACGCAGAUGUUCGACCUCUUCGUACAGGAGGAGGAAAAGCAGCCCAACCCGAACGGGUUCUUCCAGCAGAAGGUGUCGGAGCACCGCGAGAGGAAGAGGAGGGAGAGGAUGAAGGGCCGCUGGGUGCGCGGCGUCGUGGUCUAAACA